AUGCCUCCCGCCGCCAAGGUCCCGAACGGGCACGACGUCACCAUGCCGCGGGACAAGAGCGCCGCUGUCGAGAAGGUCACAGAUCAGCUGGAGAAGCCCUCCCUGGACGAUCGGUCCUAUCGUGUCAUCCGCCUGCCCAACCAGCUGGAAGCUCUGCUCGUCCACGAUGCCGAGACGGACAAGGCCAGCGCCGCCCUGGACGUCAACGUGGGCAACUUCAGCGACGAGGACGACAUGCCUGGCAUGGCCCAUGCUGUAGAGCACCUCUUGUUCAUGGGCACCAAGAAAUACCCAGUCGAGAACGCAUAUAACAUAUAUCUUUCAUCACAUUCAGGCCACUCGAAUGCGUAUACCGGCGCCACGUCGACCAAUUACUUCUUCGAGGUCGGAGCUAAGCCUGCCAAUGACGGCGACCUGUCUGAAUCCAAUCCUUCGCCGUUGUACGGAGCCCUGGACCGCUUCGCCCAAUUCUUCAUCGAGCCCCUGUUCCUCUCUUCGACCUUGGAUCGCGAGUUGAAGGCCGUCGAUUCCGAAAACAAGAAGAAUCUCCAGAGCGACCAAUGGCGGUUGCACCAAUUGGAGAAAGCCCUCUCGAACCCCAAACACCCAUAUUGCCACUUCUCGACAGGUAAUUUCGAAGUUUUGAAGACGGAACCCGAGGCGCGGGGGAUCGACGUUCGUGCCAAGUUCAUCGAGUUCCACGCAAAGCAUUACUCUGCCAACAGGAUGAAGCUUUGUGUGCUUGGAAGGGAACCGCUUGAUCUCCUCGAGAAGUGGGUGGUCGAGUUCUUCUCCGCGGUCCCCAACAAGGACCUGCCGCAAAACAGGUGGGAGACCGAGGUACCUUAUCCGAAGAGCCUCCUGAGCACGCAGGUCUUUGCCAAGCCCGUGAUGGAUUCGAGAGAGCUGAAUCUGUCCUUCCCUUUCCUAGACGAGGAGUACGAAUAUGAGUCCCAGCCGAGCCGGUAUAUUAGUCACUUAAUCGGCCACGAGGGGCCUGGCAGCAUUAUGGCGUACAUCAAGUCCAAAGGAUGGGCCAAUUCUCUGAGUGCUGGUGCCUACCCGAUCUGCCCAGGGACACCUGGUAUUUUCGACUGCCAAGUUCGGCUGACAAAGGAAGGUCUGAAGCACUACAAGGAAGUCGUGAAGGUCUUCUUUCAAUACGUUGCGCUUCUGAGGGAGACGCCGCCUGAAGAGUGGAUCUUUGAGGAGCAGAAAGGCAUGGCUGAUGUGGACUUCAAGUUUAAGCAGAAGACACCAGCCAGUCGGUUUACAAGCAAGAUCGGCUCCGUCAUGCAGAAGCCCCUCCCGAGAGAGUGGCUCUUGAGUGGGCAAAGCCGCUUGCGCAAGUUCGACCCAAAGCUCAUCGCAAAAGGAGUUGAGCACCUGCGCCCGGACAACUUCCGGAUGACCAUUAUCUCCCAGGACUUCCCCGGCGACUGGGAUCAGAAGGAAAAGUGGUACGGCACCGAGUACAAGGCCGAGAAGAUCCCAGAUGAUUUCCUGGCCGAGAUCUCGGAAGCAGCGAAGGGUGCCGUCAAAGAUCCGGCGCUGCAUCUCCCUCACAAGAACCAGUUUAUCCCUACUAAACUGGAGGUUGACAAAAAGGACGUAAAGGAACCGGCAACGGCACCUAGGUUGCUUCGAAAUGACGACCUCGCGCGGACGUGGUUCAAGAAAGACGACACUUUCUGGGUCCCCAAAGCAAACUUGAUCGUCAGCUGCAAGAACCCGGUGAUAUAUGCUUCGGCCGAAAACUCGGUCAAGGCGAAGCUGUUCACCGAUCUCGUUCGGGAUGCAUUAGAAGAGUACUCCUACGACGCCGAGCUUGCUGGGUUGCAGUAUAACGUUACGCUCGACUCUCGUGGACUGUUUGUGGAGGUUGCCGGGUACAAUGACAAGCUACCAGUUCUGUUGGAGCAGGUACUUCUUACCAUGCGAGAUCUCGACGUUAAGGACGAGCGUUUCGACAUCAUCAAAGAGCGGCUAACCCGAGGUUAUCGCAACUGGGAGCUGCAACAGCCUUUCACACAGAUUGGCGACUACGUUUCUUGGCUUACUGCCGAGCACGACUACGUCGUGGAUCAACUGGAGGCUGAGCUCCCUAGCAUUACUGCCGACGACGUUCGGCACUUCCACAAACAAUUGAUGUCCCAGAUGCAUAUUGAGGCAUAUGUGCACGGCAAUCUCUAUAAGGAAGAUGCGCUGAAGCUGACCUCGAUGGUCGAGAAGAUCCUCAAGCCUAGGGUGCUUCCGAAGGAUCAACUGCCUAUCCUCCGAUCGAUGAUAUUCCCUCCUGGCUCCAACUUCUUGUACAAGAAGACCUUGAGGGACCCUGCGAACGUCAAUCAUUGCAUUGAGUACUACCUCCACAUUGGGAGCAAGGGAGACCGCAUGAUCCGGGCGAAAACGCAGUUGCUCGAUCAGAUCAUCCACGAACCUGCAUUUGACCAACUCCGCACCAAGGAGCAGCUUGGGUACAUCAUCUUCAGUGGGCUGCGCGGUUGCUCGACCACUUAUGGUUUCCGAUUCAUCAUUCAAAGCGAAAGAACUUCCGAGUACCUGGAGUCUCGGAUCGACUCAUUCCUGACUCAGCAGCUGGAAACGCUCUCGAACAUGACUGAUGCCGAUUUCGAAAGCCACAAGAGGAGCGUCAUCGUCAAGCGGCUGGAGAAGCUGAAGAACUUGGACCAAGAGACAGGCAGACACUGGGCCCAAGUGUCUAGCGAGUACUACGACUUUGAAGCCUCACAAGAAGAUGCAGCGGCUGUGAAGCUUCUGACUAAGUCUGACAUGAUCGAGUUCUACACUACAUAUGUCGCCCCUACCUCGCCGGCGCGGGCCAAACUCGUAGUUUACCUCAUCGCGCAGGGCGUCAGCGACAAAACGAAGGAUGCCGCCGUAACGGACGGUGAGAUCCAGCAGGUCCCAGGAAACGGUACCGAACCCUACAUCGUCGAGGACGUCAGGGUUUUCAAGUCAAGACUGGUGGCGAGCGCGGGAGCCCGCCCGUUCAAAGAACUGAGCGAGUUCGAAGACUCGGACGCGAAGCUGUGA